AUCUACUGCCACGUCACCAAUUCCAAAGUGAAGUUAGCUGAUCUGUAGAGGGACUUAAUGAAAAAACCAUGGCUUAGAGCUAUCCAACCAUUGCUACAAAGGUAAAGAAGACCAGGAUCAGUAUCUGGAAUCUGAUAGGAUCUUUGAAAGAAGGAGCAAGGGGGAGGCAGAGACCAAGAGAGUCUGUAUAAGAGAAGAUCCCUUGAGAUCUCUAAAGUUCGUACCAACAUAUCACAGAUAAGGAAACUUACCAGCUUUGACGUCUGAUCGUCAGUGAUGGACCUGGAAACAACUUCAGUUUAUUUGGAUUAUUACUACGCUGCCAGCCCAAACUCUCAUAUCAAAGAGACCAGCUCCCAAGUUCCUUACACAUCUGUGUUCCUUUCCAUCUUUUACACAGCUGUGUUCCUGACUGGAGUGUUGGGCAACCUAAUCCUCAUUGGUGCACUGCAUUUCAAACGUGGCAGCCGAAGACUAAUUGACAUCUUUAUCAUCAACUUGGCUGUCUCUGACUUCAUUUUUCUUGUCACAUUGCCUCUCUGGGUGGAUAAAGAAGCAUCUCUAGGACUGUGGAGAACCGGCUCUUUUCUGUGCAAAAGCAGCUCUUACAUGAUCUCAGUCAACAUGCACUGUAGUGUCUUCUUGCUUACUUGCAUGAGUGUUGACCGCUACCUGGCUAUCAUGUAUCCAGCUGUAUCCAGGAAAUUCAGAAGGAGAGACUGUGCAUAUGGAGUCUGUGCCAGCGUCUGGUUUAUCUCCUGCCUUCUAGGAUUGCCUACUCUUCUGUCCAGGGAGCUGACCCUGAUUGAGGAUAAGCCGUACUGUGCAGAGAAGAGAGCCACUUCAAUGAAAUUGACAUGGGCUCUGGUCACCUUAAUUUUCACCUUCUUUGUCCCCUUGCUGAGCAUUGUGACCUGCUACUGCUGCAUCACAAGGAAACUGUGUGCUCACUACCAGCAGUCAGGAAAGCACAACAAAAAGCUGAGGAAAUCCAUAAAGAUCAUCUUCAUUGUUGUGGCAGCCUUUGUCUUCUCCUGGCUGCCCUUUAAUACUUUCAAGCUCCUAGCCAUUGUUUCUGGAUUGCAAAAUGGACUCCGUUUUUCAUCAGCUGCUCUUCAGCUCGGGAUGAAGGUGAGUGGACCCUUGGCAUUUGCCAACAGCUGCGUUAACCCUCUGAUUUACUAUAUCUUUGACAGCUACAUCCGCCGGGCCAUUAUGCACAGCUUGUGCCCUUGCCUGAAGAGCUCCGACUUCGGGAGCAACACUGAGACAUCAGACAGUCACCUCUCCAAGGCUCUUUCCAACUUCAUCCAUGCAGAUGAUUUUGUAAGACGAAGAAAGAGGUCUGUGUCACUCUAAAAGGAGCUAUGACAUUUCAAACUCUGUUGGUGCUCUUACAGAAUUAAUUUUUGUCAGCAAUAAAGAAAGAAAAAAGUGUUAAUAAGCUUCAUACUGCUUCAUAAAUCCAAGAAAGAGUUAAUUGUUAAAAGGAGCACUGAAAAGUCCGUGUUGUGAUAUAAUUAGGCCAAGUGCAUUUUCAGCCCAGUGGCCUUACUUGACCCUUGACAACAAGUCAACUGAGCAAAAUACAAGUUCUAUCUGUCUUUUACAUCCUAGAUAAAGGCUCCUGUUGCUUGCUUCAUGCCAUCAAUGCACCGUCAGGCCCUUCCUCUCAAGAACAGUGAUACCUUCCUCCAUACCACCUCUCACAUUUGCCUCAAAAUUGCAUUACUUUUAACCACUUUGGUCUGGAGAGAUGCAGUGAUAAUGUAGGUCUCAAGUCUAGUCUGAAUCUUUAAAGUUCUUAACACCUUCCAGGACUGUCUUUCAUCAGAUGCCCAUCACAAUAAUUUGCGACUGGCAAAAAGGACCAUGAGGGUAAAAUCAUUUUGUAGUGAGUUUGUGAUUUGGGACCUACUGUAUGAUCUGGUCUUUUAGAGUAUUUUAACAAGUAAGCAUAUAGCAAAGUUUGACCUUUAUUUGCUUAUAAGAUAUAUUUGUAGAGAUGUUGUAUUCCAUUAUGAUCCUCUAAUAACUACUUUUAAUGGGGUUUUACUAUGUUCUUUGUUUUCAUAGUCUUCAUAAGUUAAGAUUUUACUUUGUUUAAUUAUAUGUUUUUAAUUACCCCAUUAUCUGGCUAUCAAAUGAAAAGGUUAGUACUAAUGUAAUUGAAGCUUGACAAAUGCUUAGGUCAACCCUCCUGGAGAUAAUUAUUUGGUAUUUUAAUUAACAUGUUUUGCUGGUAUUCCCCAUAGCAUUAUCUGCUUGUAUAAUUUCAAGUUGAGAGUUAGUAACAUAGGGAGACAGGAUGGUCUAUAUUCAGCUAAUGUGAAAAGUCUGUAAUAAAAAUGUUACAUAAAAUAUGGACAUUUUUCUAAACCCAUAGGUCUUCUUGAAUUACCUAAUAUAAUUAAAUAUUCAUUGAGUCAAUUUAUGCCUAUAUUCAAUUUGUACCUAUAUUUUUUUAAAGACUGUAAUGUGAAAAACAUGUUAUUAGUGGCACCCACAGAAGACUUGCAGCAGUAAAUUUACUAUUGUAAACUAUUUUGAAUCAAAAAAGUGCACUAUAUUUUCAUCUCCACUGUUAACCCAAAUGAAUAACUUUAUUUGUAAAUAUUAGAUUUUGAAAUAAGAAAAAAAUUAGAAACACUUCAGAGACUAGAUGAUUUAAUUUCAACCCAUGGAUUUUUCAAAUCAAGAAAAAUCUCAAAUAUUGGACACCUUAUAUUGCAACACUUAGAAGGUGAAACCAUUCUUGGUUAUCUAAAUUAGUUCAUUUGUUAAUUUUUCUUCAACUUUUAUUAAAUAAACUAUUUCCUUAUAUAAAUACUAUUUUAUACAUAUUAAUUUUUAAUACCAUGUGAAUGUUAAUACCAAUAUUCUAACAGUCUUUAAUAAGUUGCAAUGGUUAUGGGAAAAAACUGUGUAAGUCAUAACAAAUAAAGAUUCUAGGAAAACAAAGUCAAAUUUCAAAAUAAUUAAGUAGACCUCCAAAUUUAAAUCAAAACAAAACACAAGAGGCAAAAGACAUACAUUUUUUAAAAACAAAUCAGCAAAAUCACUAUUCUAAUCCUGAAAGUUAGUGCCUUUGAGAAGUAUUACUUUUUAAAAAAUAGUUGAAUAAAUCAGCCAAGGUAUGUGUUAGAAAAUGAAAAAUUCUGGCUUUUUGUUUUAGUUUCACCUUUAAUGUUCAGGCUUUAAGAAAGUUACUUUAUUCUUUCAUAUCUAAAUGUAAUUGGUAAUAUCUAUGUCUAUGGAAUUAUCAAGGAUGUUACAAGGCUAAGAAAAUAGAAGAUUUUUCUUUAACUAUCAAGUAAAAAUUUGCUAUUAAAAUGUGA